CCUUACAUAUCAAACUAAUGCACGAGCUGCACAGUCAUCGAAUGUGCGCUUUCAACCACAAUUUGCGACCUUAUUUACUGAUGUCUUUCCAAUAGGGCCCAUUUUUUUCAUUAGCUCUAUAUUUUCAAGCUUGAUGGCUCUGGUGGUUUUAGUGGGGCUCAGUUUAAUUUCAAAACAGUUUUGGAGAGUAUUGGAGAUGAGCAAUAUCUAUGGAACUUAUCACAACCCUGCUGACAUGGUGGAAUAAUUAACUUCAGGCAGUAAUGAAAGAUCACCAUCUGUAGAAUUAAUCUGCAAUCUAAUGGUGACACAGGAACUAUUAAAAGCAUGAAAGAUGACAAAAUUAAUAUGAAACUGAUGUUGCAAUUUUUUCCCAUGGUAUGAGGGUCCAAUAUUUGGAGCUGAACAUAAAUAGCAAGCCAGAAAGCCUCUAUCUGGGACAGUUACUGGCCUUGUGGGUGGACUGCGGGGUGGUUAACUUCACCUCAUCACAGAGAUAUAGGUUGUCUGACCGUGGUGACGUAGAUGUAGGACAAAUUAUAUGUAUAAAAGACUGAGGAAACAGGGAGACUGAGCAGAGAACAGCGAAGUGGUAAGCAGAAUAGAUCCAUAAAUGGACGGGUAUGAACCCGACUUUGGUGUGGACGUCACUAUUGACCCCAUCGAUGUGGAAUGUGAGGAUUUCGAUGUUGACCCCGAGGGCCUGGGCGAGGAGGGCGAAUACGAUGAGGAGGCGUCGGAGGCGGGUAGCCCGAAGCGUCCGAAACUCAGGAUGGUCAAAGGCAGACCAGCGAAGAGACCCCGCGUGAACGCUUACAUGCGGUGGUCGCUGUUCAGCGUGAAUUGCUGCAAUGCCCUUUAUCUGGGGUACAUGGCACUUCUGUGCUCUAUGCAGGUGGGGAAGAAGCUGAGGAAAGGAGACGUUGAGGCAGCGAGGAGAUGCGCUGGACACGCGUGCAGGACCAACGUGGCUGCUUUCCUGGUCACUAUCGUGAUAGUCAUCGUGAUCAGCUUUUUCAUGUAUAAUGCUUACAGGAUACACAAUGUUCUCGCAUUCUAAAGAAAAAAUAAAGAAGAAAGAAGUGCAUUGCUUCAUUAUUUGCACUAUAUAUAUAUACAUAUAUAUAUAUAGAGAGAGAGAGAGAGCGAGAGAGCUGAAUGAAUCUUUUUCAUUUAUUUUGGAAUUAAUAACACAGAUGUGUAAUGAAUUCCUGCAUGGAUUUUUAAAAAUCUCUUUAAAACCAUAAUUAAUAGUCUGUGUUAAUUCACAUUGGGGAAAUAAUAAUAAUAAUAACUCAACUGAGCUGAGCUUGAAUUGUGUUUUGUGAGAUUAGUGAACAUAUUGGGGAGAUCUAUGACUGUUUUUUGCUUUGCUUCAGGAUUUGAAUCUGAAUCGUUACCUGUUUUCUUGUUUUCCUGCACAGUGAAAUGCAAACAGUGUCUCUGUUAAAACCAUUAAAAAAUAAAAUUGA